UGUCCUUCCCCUGUUAUCAGUAGCGCUUGUGCUUAUACUGUCGCCCCCCCAAAAAAUCACGAUGACUGACAACCCUGCAAGCCAUUUCAAUGAACUGGCAAGUACAUAUGAAGGUCUUAUUGGCCUCAUCACCGGCGACAUAGCCCACCAGGUCCUGGACGAAAUGUUGCCAGCUCCGGAUUCCACCGCCGUGAUUCACGACAACGCCUGUGGCACCGGUCUCGUCACCCAAUUCCUGGAAGAUAAGGCCGCGAAGACGGGAUCGUUUCCCACCAUCCACGCCACCGACUUUGUCCCGUCGGUCGUUGAAGUUACGAGAAAAAAAGGCGAGACGCUGAAGUGGAAGAAUGUGGAAGCCUCGGUGAUGGAUUCUCAGGCCCUCACGUUCCCCGACGAAAGUUUCGACCUGAGCAUCACCAAUUUUGGCAUUUUCUUCCUGCCCGAGCCACAAAAGGGCGCGGAUCACAUAUACCGCACGCUCAAGCCCGGCGGGACCGCCGUCGUGACGACGUGGAAGGAACGGCGGAUGAUGGAAACCGUCAAGCAAGCCCAAAAACUGAUCCGGCCCGACCUGAAGCCACUGGGGGCGCCGUGGGAAGAGGAAUGGAGCAAGGAAGAGACUCUACGCUCUGUCCUCGAAAACGCCGGCUUCAAGGGCAACAAAAUCCAGAUUGUCGAGAGAUGGACCGAUGCUCUCGUCGAUCCAUUUCUGCGUGAUGUCCAUAUGGUGGCCAAAACCUACCCGGCCGCGGUCAAAGAUUGGAGCGAGGAAGAGAAGGAGAGGUUGGGCCCUGAGAUGUUGAAGCUCCUGCAAGCCCGCGAAGCUGGCCCUGCGGAAGGCUUACGUCACAUCGCGUAUGUUGCCAUUGCGAAGAAGUAGGAGCAGUACUGAGUAGUAGAUAUAUAUAUAUACC